AGUGGGAGAACUUGCACAAUUGGUGGCUGACUAAAUACUUUUUUGCCCCACUGUACAUAUAGCAACCAGAAGCCCUGGAUUACAGGAAAAAUCCACACUGAGCUGCAGCUUUCAAGGAGUGGGACACUAAUCCGGAUGCUUAUAAGAAAUCCCGCUACAACCUCCGACAAGCCAUCAACCAGGCAAAGCUUCAAUAAAGGACUAUGAUAGAUUCCUACUACACCGGCUCUGACGCUCAUUAGAUGUUGCAGGUCUUGCAAACUAUCACUAUCAUUCACGAGCUGCUCAGUGACGUGAGCCUACCAGACAAGUUAAAUGCAAGCUUCAAGGCAAGCAACACUGAACUAUUCACGAGAGCACCAGUUGUUCUGGACGACUGUGUUAUCUCGUAUGACCUUUAAACAGGUUAACAUUCAAAAGGCCGCAGGGCCAGAUGGAUUACCAUGAUGCGUACUCAGAGCAUGCGCUGAUCAGCUGGCAAAUAACUUCACUGACAUUUCCAACAUCUCCCUGACCCUGUCUGUAAUACCUACAUGUUUCAAGCAGACUACCAUAGGCCCUGUGCCCAAGAACGCCAAGAUAACUUGUCUAAAUGACAAUCGCCCCGUAGCACUCACAUCUGUAGCCAUGAAAUGCUUUGAAAGGCUAGUCAUGGCUCACAUAAACACCAUCAGCCCAGAUACCCUGGACCCAAUGCAAUUUGCAUACCACCCCAACAGAUCUAUAGAUGACGCAAUCUCUAUUGCACUCCACACUGCCCUCUCCCAUCUGGAUCAGAGGAACACCUAUGUUACAAUGUUGUUCAUUGACUACAGCUCAGCAUUCAACACCAUAGUGCCCUCCAAGCUCAUCACUAAGCUCAGGACCCAUAAAACUGCUACAUUUACCAAGUAGCUACCCGGACUAUCUGCAUUGACCUCCCCGUUGCACUAACUCUUUUGAUUCAUCACAUAUGCUGCUGCUACUGCUCAUUAUUUAUCAUGUUGCCUAGUCACUUUACCCCUACCUAUAUGUACAUACAGUAUCUACCUCAAUAUUUCUUACUGCUGGACAUUGACUCAGUACUGGUACCCCCUGUAUAUAGCAAAGUUAUUAUUACUCAUUGUGUAUUUAUUCCUUGUGUUAUCUUUCUUUUUUUUGUCUAUUUUUCUCUCUUCAUUGUUGGGAAGAAAUGUGAUUUGAUUUGUAAGGAAAACACAAAACAAUAUUUUGGAGGAACACGGAGGAGGGAGAAGGCUGAGGGGUUGGAGGAUAGUGGGCAGAGACCAGAGAAAGGCAGCAGAUGAAGACUGCUUCCCGUGUGGCAGGUGGUGGGGAGGAUAAUCCAGGUAAAUUCUUUAAUGCAUGGAGGUAGGCACAGAAAGGACAAGGGAGGGGUGGGGGCCAAUGGGGUUGGGGUAAAGGUGUGCAAAACAGGGAGGGCUAAUUGUAGCCUGGUAAUCCUUCCCUGGCCCCUACCUACUUCUCCUCCUGAGGGAGAGCUGCUGAGGGAGGCCAAGCAGGAGACGAUUCCACCCUGGCUUUGGACGCUUCAAACGGAUGUAAGGGGUACCGAGGAGAUACCUUUAGGCCUAUUUACUGGGUACCUGGACAACACUGUGCUCACCUCUGAAGAUUCACCAUAGAAUGCGGAUUUACCCUCUUACCUGUCCUUUUUCCCACCAUCUGAAGCACAUCAUUCAACAUGGGAGAAGUUCAAAAGGGGUUUUUCUCAAUCCUACAGAAAUUAAAAGGAAUAACAGAGCAGGAACUUCGGAUAGUCCUUCUGGGUCUAGACAACGCUGGCAAAACAACGCUGCUUAAACAGCUUUCAUCCGAGGAUGUCAACACCAUUACUCCUACACAGGGCUUCAACAUUAAGAGUCUCACGUCUCACGGAAUGAAACUGAACGUGUGGGACAUUGGAGGACAGAGGAAGAUUCGACCCUUCUGGAAGAAAUAUUUGGAAAACACAGAUUUGUUGAUAUAUGUCAUAGAUAGUGCAGACAAGAAGCGGUUUGAAGAAACUGGACUGGAGCUGUCAGAACUGAUCGUUGACGAGAACCUGAAGGGGGUUCCAGUGCUUAUCUUUGCCAACAAGCAGGACCUGGCCACGGCCUCGCCUGCCAGCGAAAUUGCAGAGGGCUUGAACCUGCACACGUACCGCGACCGGGCGUGGCAGAUCCAGGCCUGCUCCGCUUUCUCUGGAGAGGGAGUACAGGACGGGAUGAACUGGAUUUCCGACACCAUUGCGAAUAGGAAGAAAGCUGACUAAACCCUGAAUAUUCAACAUGCUGCUUUGUAUACACAUACUUUUUUGUGCUUCAUGAAAACUCUGUACAAAUGUUAACACCCAAUGCAACGGUGACAGGUUUUAUAGAUGAAGCCAUCUGUCUGAGGAUGCCCCAAAACAUUUGAGAUCUUUCUGGCUUCUCAAAUCCAGCCACAGGAAAAUGGACUGGAGGAGGGGGGGGGUCACAAUAGAAACCAUCAACAAGAGAGAAAAAACACAUAUUCUCCCGGUCCCAUGAAGGGUUAAUGCUCUGUAAUGAUACUUUCUUUGAUAUAUAAGUCUAUGGAAGAAAAAACUAUUCUGGAAGAGCACAAGUACUCCAAGGGACAGAGCAUUUCAUGGGCAAAUAGUCCCACAUAAAUUUUAGUAGAACAUCUCUUUACUUUUAAGCACAUUUUAGGAAAAAUUCAUACAUUUUGUAGUUGGUGUGGUUUCAUUGUUUAUACAUUAUUUGUUUAUCGCGUGAAUCGCGACUGUGAUACAAAAUAAAUA